GCUUUUGUGGCCGCACCCCCUCCCGUCAUAUCUCCUCUCCUCUUCCCUCCCUCGCCUUCCCACGCCUCCACCCGCCGCCGCAUCGCCCCCGGCUUCGGCGAGAUGUCGCGCUUCGGGCGAUCCGGCCCGCCGCCGAUCCGCGACACCUACUCCCUCCUCGUCCUCAACAUCACCUUCCGCACGACAGCCGAUGACCUCUUCCCGCUCUUCGACAAGUACGGCGAGGUCGUCGACAUCUACAUCCCCAGGGACCGCAGGACUGGCGACUCCCGAGGGUUUGCGUUCGUGAGGUACAAGUACGAGGAUGAGGCGCAGAGGGCAGUUGAUAGGCUCGAUGGGAGAGUGGUAGAUGGGAGGGAGAUUAUGGUGCAGUUUGCCAAGUAUGGCCCAAAUGCUGAACGGAUUGAUAAAGGGAGAAUCGUGGAGCCACUUCCAAGGUCAAGGGGCCGUUCCAGAAGCCGCAGUCCAAGACGGAGGUACCGUGAUGAUUAUCGAGAUGACUAUCGAGAUAGAGAUCAUAGAAGGCGAAGUCAUAGUCGGAGUGGAGAUAGAUAUGGGCAUGACAGGUACAGAGAUAGGGAUUAUCGUCGUCGUAGCAGAAGUCGCAGCUACAGUCCUGAUGAUUACAGGAAGCAUGGGAGAGACAGUUUGUCUCCUGCACGUAAAAGCCCUAGUCGUAGCAGAAGUCGCAGCUACAGUCCAGAUGAUUACAAGAGGCGUGGCAAAUACAGUGCAUCACCUGCAAGUAGGAGCCCUAGCCGCACCCCUCGCAGAAAGCCACUUUCUCCUGAGGGAUCUCCUGUCAAGCACAAUGAUGACCGGUCUCCGCGUUCUCUGAGCCCUUCGACAUGAGCGUAAUAUCACUGGCGAUGCAUCACGAACAGCUAAGUAGGAGGAAUGGACAAGCCCUGAUCAUAUGAGUGGCUAUGUGAUUGCUUGAUGACGGGCACUCUUCAGUUAUUUGUAUUUGGCUGUCAGUUGCUGCUUCAAUCUUCAAAUACUACUUUCUUUGGGCACCUGAACUGCUUGUCGAGAACUUUAUGUAAACAAGUUCCAUUCCAUUUGCCCUUCCUAUUAGUAUUUCAUAUUAACAUUGUCUCUUCAGUAUUGAGUACUUACCAUUAAUGGUGACCUGCACCUUUCUAGUUACAUGGUGGAGUGAAGAUGUGCUGGCUGAUAAGCGGUCAACAUGCACGUUGCUUACUGUUGAAGUUGAUAAUGUUUGUGCUGUUUGCCUUGUUGAUGAUGAUGAGUGAUGAGAUGAUGAUGAUGAGUGAUGAGAUGAUGAUGAUGAUAGUACUGCAGCUGCUUACA